AUGCGGAACCAGCAGCAAGUUUCUUUGGCCUUACAGGCACGCAGAGCACGAAGGCCUUCUGACGACGAGACGCAGCAGCAGCAGCAGAUGCUGCUGCUACAACACCAGCAGCUGCUGCAGCAGCAGCUGCUGCAGCAAAAGCAUCUGCAGCAGCAGCAGCAGUCCCUCCUCUCGCGAGCAGCUGUGAGCCUGGGGAUCCCCGUCGAGUCUCGCGUGGCUCCUCUUCAGGAUGCAGCAGCAGCAGCAGUUGCUGCUGCUGCUGCUGCUGUGGCAGCUGCUGCUGCUGCACCCAGCGCCGGCAUUACUCCAGGAGCUGCUGAGCAAGCAGCAAUUGAAGCAGCAGCAACAGCAGCAGAGUACACACAUCGUGUGCGCGCGAGACUUUCUGCAGGGUCUUCUGCCUCCAGCAGCAGCGACGCUCCUGCAGCAGCAGCAGCUGCUGCUGCUGCUUCUGUUGCAGCAGGCCAGGCGCUGCAGCGCCGCGCCAGCUGCAGUAGCAGCAGCAGCCGCCGCAGCAGCGCCAGCAGCACGUGGCUGCCGACUCUUCUUGCGCCCUCUGGCAGCAGCAGCAGCAGGUGUCCCUCAGAUAUGCACGUGAAGCACCACCCUCCCGCUGCUCCCGCUGCUGCUGCUGCUCCUCCCGCUGCUGCUGCUGCUGCUGCUGCUGCAGCUGCUGCUGCUGUAGGCUGCACUGCUGCUGCUGCUGCUGCUGACGCAGUGACUCCUUGCUGUGUGCCUUCUCUAGUGGCCCCACUGCGGCAUCAGCCACCGCAGCAGCAGGCCCAGCAGCAGCUGCAGCAGCAUCGUCACACACUUCAGCAGCAGCAGCAGCAGCAAGCGCUGCGGCAUGGGCAGCCCUCGCUGCUGCUGCCGUAUGCGGAGCCAGAGGGAACAGAUGCGGAGCCAAGAGAAUGGCAGCAGCAGCAGCAGCAGCACAGGGUUGCUGAGCUGCUGCAGCAGGAGCAGCAGCAAACUGAGGAGUAUUCGCCGCUGCGGCAGCUGCAGCCGCAGCUAGCGAGUCUUGAAGCCGAGCUCAAUCAGCUGCAGCUGCUGCAGCAGCAGCAGCAGCAACAGCAGAGGCAAGCUCACGCGUCAGGGCACGGUGGCCCAGAGCAGCAGCAGCAAGAGCAGCAGCAGCAGCAAGAGCAGCACCUGCUGCUGCCCUCACAGACCUGCAGUGAUGCAGCAUGCGAAGCUUGUAAACUGCUGCCAGAAUUUGCUGCUGAUGCCAUGCAGCUGAAGCAGCAGCUGGGCUUUUUGCUGCAGCGGCUGCGCAACACCCGUACAGCACCGCAUGCAGCAGCAGCAGCAGCAGCAAUGCCUGCUGCAGCGACAGGACCUGCAGAAGGAGUAAGGCCCGCAGCAGCAACAGUGCCUGCAGCCGCAGCUGCACCUGCAGCAGCAGCAGCAGAGCCUGGAGCACCAGCAGCAGCAACUGCAGCAGCAGCAACUGCAGCACCAGCAACUGCAGCAGCAGCAACUGCAGCAGCAGCAACUGCAGCAGCAGCAGCAUUUGCAGCUGACGCACCACGGGGAUCCCCACGUGGUUUUGGGCUUGUGGGUGCAGUGCAGCAGCAGCAGGGCGAAUCGCGGCAGUUGCUGCUGCAGCAACAGCAACAAGAGCAGCAGCAGCAGCAGCUCCAGCAACAGGACCAGCGGCAGCUGCUGCAGCAACAGCUAGCGCAGCAGCAGCAGCCCCAAGCGCUGCUGCAUGUGGAUCAUCUGGGGCUUCGCCAGACAGAGUUGCAGCAGCAGCUUCAGCAGCAGCGCCAGCAGCUGCAGCAGCAGCACGAGCUGCUGCAGCAGCAACGCCAGCUGAUACAGCAACAACAGCAGAAGACGGAAAAGCUGAAGCAACAAGUAGAAUUGUUGCAGGGGCGGCAGCAGCAAAUGCUGCAGCAGCUGCAGCAGCUGCAGCAGCUGCAACAGACUGCCCAAGAAGAAAACGCACAGCUGCAGGCAGCGCUGCUGUACUUUGUGACUGAGCACAAGCAGCAGAAGCAGCAGCUGCUGCUACUGCAGCAACAGUCUGCUGCUGCUGCAAAUGCUGCUGCAGGGGUCUCGGCGGCUCGCGGCGCGAAGGGAAGCAGCAGCCACAAGCGCCAACUGCAGCAGCAGCAGCACCAGAGACAGCAGCUGCUGCUGCUGUCUCCUUCAAGCGAAGCCAGCAGCGCAGCUAGCAGCUGGGUCCCCACAGCAACAACAGCAGCAACAGCAGCAUCUGAGGAUCUGCUGCAGCAGCCUGUGCGGCAGCAGCAGCUGCGUCAGCAGAUUGACAGCAAAAAGGCAGCAGCAAGUGCUGCUGCUGCACUAGUGAAGUCCACUCCAACACGCAGUGAAGCCAGAGCUGCUGCUGCUGCUGCUGCGCGGCACCGCCACCGCAGCAGCAGCAGCAGCAGACUAAGCGUGCCCAGCGUUUGCAUAUCUGAUAGCGACUGA